UAUGAAUUGACGAUAGUGCCACCUCCAUAAAAAGAACCAUUUUAUUUAAAGCAGAAACAACAAGUUUUAACGUACAGCACGAAAAGCCAGUAACCGGACACACAAAUAGCAAACGGAAAGACAAAUCAAACACAAAAUGAGUGCAAAAGUAUUAUUCGCCUGCUCCAAAUGUUUCUCGCGCCACCCGUACGAGGAGCUCUCCUCCGGCCAGCAGCUUUGCAAGGGCUGCCGUGGUUCUACCUCAGUUGUUAAAUGUACUUACUGCCGAUCGGAGUUCCAGCCCGCCACCAAAUCACAGAGUGCCUGCAAGAAGUGCGAACACUAUCUGGGGAAGUACGGAAAGCCCACACCCUGCGAAUGCUGUAAAAUUGUGGCCGCAUUUGGUAGUUCAAAGUGCAUGAGAUGCGCCAGCUACGAGGCGAAGUACGGACCGCCAGUGCAGUGCGAUGAAUGCAAGCUGCGAUCAGCCUUUGACAGGCGCGACGAGAACAAAAAGGUCAAUGGAAAAUUGCUUUGCUGGCUGUGUACCUGUGCGUAUAAGCGGGCGCUGCUUAAGGCGCAGCAGGAGGGCCGAAUACCCAUGUCGAAGAAGAGGCCGCAUGAGAAAUCCUCGUCGUCGCACAGAGACAGCGCCUCGGCCAAAAAGCCAUCGCGCAGUGAGAUUGGCAAGAGUGGCAGCGCUGGAAACAGUACCGGCGGCGUAAAUGCAGUCAGUGCCGCUGGCUUGGAUCUGCCAGACAAGAUAUCGCGCGGAAAUGGUGGAAACGGGACCAUCGCAGCUCCAGCUGCCAUUACAGUGGACACUAAUUCGUCGGAUCACGUGGUGGCCAUUACAUACCUCAAAGAGCGCAUUGCUAGCCUUGAGAAGCGUCUGAAUCAAAAAGACAAAGAGCUGCUGGAAAAGGAUAAGCAGUUGACUGAACUCAAGGGCAAGAACUUCGAGAAAGAGAACGACAUGCGCAACCGACUGAAGGAAGUUGAACGGCUGCAUGACAUGAAGGUGGACAACCUGAACCGCAAGAUUUCCUCUUUACUGAAAGACCUGGCCACCCUUAAAAAGAGCAGUAACAAGGAGAAGAAGGGUGCCAGCAAGGCGGAGAAGGAGGCCAUCAAACGAGAGAAUCUUUCGCCCAAGGAGGAGAUCCUGACGCCCAAGGAAGAGGUCAAGACGCCCUCGGAACCGGCUGAUUUGGACAAGGACGAGAAGAGCCGCGAUCGCGACGAGGAGCGCAGCGAGCCAGAAGAUCGAGCUAGCGUCCGUUCGCGUUCGGCAUCCAGCAGCAGCCCCACACCCUCGUCCAACUGAGAGAUCUUACUCCAGUGCGGUGGUUGUGUGCGGCUGGCAACAUUUCAGGAUGUGCUUAGUGUGUUGCUGAGCUCAAUUAGUUAUUCGCUAUAAAAAUUUAUAUUUUUGUACUUCUGCUUUAAUUGUAAUAUAGUUUUACAAUAUUGUUUAAUAUCACUUUUUAUGUCGAUCAUCCCUCUUCUACCCAAGGCAUCUACCCUACAUGGCGUAUGCCCUAUAUGUUCACCUUUCAAUCGUCAUCAUCAGUUAGAAAAUUGUAUUUUGAUAGGCUCAACUUAACGAAUUCUUCUUUAGUUUAAUUCACGAUGGAACGACAUAAAAAACCAAGAGCAUUGUUUACAUCUUAAGAAAUACAAAAAGUUGGGAAAGAACCAAAUGGUGA